UUGGCUUUAGGGAAUUACUCCAUACCAGCUCUGAGAUUUCCAGCUCAGCAAUGCCCCCAGGUCCCUGGGAGAGCUGCUUCUGGGUGGGGGGCCUCCUUUUGUGGCUCAGCAUUGGAAGUUCAGGGGAUGCACCUCCUACCCCACAGCCAAAGUGCGCUGACUUCCAGAGCGCCAACCUUUUUGAAGGCACCGAUCUCAAAGUCCAGUUUCUCCUCUUUGUCCCUUCGAAUCCUAGCUGUGGGCAGCUAGUAGAAGGAAGCAGUGACCUCCAAAACUCUGGGUUCAAUGCCACUCUGGGAACCAAACUAAUUAUCCAUGGAUUCAGGGUUUUAGGAACAAAGCCUUCCUGGAUUGACACAUUCAUUAGAACCCUUCUGCAUGCAACGAAUGCUAAUGUGAUUGCCGUGGACUGGAUUUAUGGGUCUACAGGAGUCUACUUCUCAGCUGUGAAAAAUGUGAUUAAGUUGAGCCUCGAGAUCUCCCUUUUCCUCAAUAAACUUCUGGUGCUGGGUGUGUCAGAAUCCUCAAUCCACAUCAUUGGUGUUAGCCUGGGGGCCCACGUUGGGGGCAUGGUGGGACAGCUCUUCGGAGGCCAGCUGGGACAGAUCACAGGCCUGGACCCCGCUGGACCUGAGUACACCAGGGCCAAUGUGGAAGAGCGCUUGGAUGCCGGAGAUGCCCUCUUCGUGGAAGCCAUCCACACAGACACUGACAGUGCUGAGAAUAUGGCAGCAAUCAACACACUGAAUGAGGUCCCUGCCUACAUGGAGCUUACAGGCUACGUGGACCGUAGGAGUCACAAAGGGAAGCCCGGAUGCCCAUCAGAGAGUGUCUGCAGUAGGGGUCCGGAUUUGGGUAUUCGGAUUCCCGUUGGACAUGUGGACUACUUCGUCAACGGAGGUCAAGACCAACCUGGCUGCCCCACCUUCUUUUACGCAGGUUAUAGUUAUCUGAUCUGUGAUCACAUGAGGGCUGUGCACCUCUACAUCAGCGCCCUGGAGAAUUCCUGUCCACUGAUGGCCUUUCCCUGUGCCAGCUACAAGGCCUUCCUUGCUGGACGCUGUCUGGAUUGCUUUAACCCUUUUCUGCUUUCCUGUCCAAGGAUAGGACUGGUGGAACAAGGUGGUGUCAAGAUAGAGCCGCUCCCCAAGGAAGUGAAAGUCUACCUCCUGACUACUUCCAGUGCUCCGUACUGCAUGCAUCACAGCCUCGUGGAGUUUCACUUGAAGGAACUGAGAAACAAGGACACCAACAUCGAGGUUACCUUCCUUAGCAGUAAUGUCAGCUCUUCAUCUAAGAUCACCAUACCUAAGCAGCAACGCCAUGGGAAAGGAAUCAUAGCCCAUGCCACCCCACAGUGCCAGAUAAACCAAGUGAAAUUCAAGUUUCAGUCUUCCAACCGAGUUUGGAAAAAAGACCGGACUACCAUUAUUGGGAAGUUCUGCACUGCCCUUUUGCCUGUCAAUGACAGAGAAAAGAUGGUCUGCUUACCUGAACCAGUGAACUUACAAGCAAGUGUGACUGUUUCCCGUGACCUGAAGAUAGCCUGUGUGUAGUUUAACCUGGGCAGGACACAUCUCCCUGCAUUUUUUUUUUUUUUUUUUGAGAGAGGUGUGAUGAGGGAUGUGUGUGUGCAGCUUAUUGUAGACCAUUACUACUAAGGAGAAAAGCAAAGCUCUUUCUUAUUUUCCUCAUAAUCAGCUACCCUGGAGGGGAGGGAGAACUCAUUUUACAGAACUUGGUUUCCUUUGCCGAUCUUAUGUACAUACCCAUUUUAGCUUUCCCAUGCAUACUUAACUGCACUUGCUUUAUCUCCUUGGGCAUUCGUACUUAGGAUUCAAUAGAAACAUGUACAGGGUAAACAAUUUUUUAAAAAUAAAACUUCAUGGAG